GGGCCUGUCCCCGGGCCGACUGUUGUUUAGCUCGCAUCAGAGGAAUAAAUGCAUUUUGUUCGUCAUCACGUAACGUCUUAGACGUUACAGUCACGUGCUUUGUCUGUUUGGGAUGAACCUCCACGCGGGUGUGCAGAUGAUGGCAUCAGCAGAGGACCAGCUGUGUCUGAACAUCUGCAGCAGCGUCACCGUCUCCUCCAGGAAGAAACCACUGACGACUCAGCAGAGAUGGGCCAGAAAGAAGCAGUGGGCAGAGAAGAGGAGGAUGGAUCUCUCAGAAGAGGAGAAGGUGAUCAGCUCCUCCAAACAGAGGAGGCGGGAGGAGGAGGAGGAGGAGGAAGAGGAGGAGGAGGAGGAGGAGGUCACUCAGACUGACCAGAGGAAACCACAGAAGAAGAAGAAGAAGAAGAGGGAGGUGGUCACGACGACGGAGACAAGGAUCAUCAAGACUUCUUCUCUAUUCAGACACAACCCGGAAAUCCCUGACAUCCUCAGACCAGUGGUCUCCCAGUUAAAGGAGCAGAUCUUCACCAGUGACUCAUUUUCAGACCUGGACCUUCAUCCACACCUGGUGGCGACACUCAACAAAGUGCUGAAUGUUUCCACAGUGACCAGUGUUCAGAAACGCACGAUUCCGGUCCUUCUGUCGGGACGAGACGCAGUGGUUCGUUCUCAGACAGGUUCAGGUAAGACACUGUCCUACGCCGUCCCGCUGGUCCAGAGUCUGCAGGCGGCCCAACAGAAGGUCAAAAGGUCAGACGGUCCGCUGGCCGUCGUCAUUGUCCCCACUAGAGAGCUGGCCCAGCAGACAUUCCAGAUCUUCACAAAGCUCGUGAAGCCCUUCACCUGGAUUGUCCCCGGCGUCCUGAUGGGAGGAGAGAAGAGGAAGUCUGAGAAGGCCAGGCUUCGUAAAGGAAUCAACAUCUUGGUUUCAACUCCUGGUCGGCUGGUGGAUCACAUCAAGAACACGCUGAGCGUCGGCUUCAGUGGCGUCCGAUGGCUCGUCCUGGACGAGGCUGACCGGACGUUGGACAUGGGCUUUGAGAAGGACGUGACCGUCAUAGUGAACCGUCUGAACAGCGCUGGUUCCAGCAGGCAGAACGUCCUGCUGUCGGCCACAUUAACUCACGGUGUCACGCGGCUAGCAGACGUUUGUCUCAGCGACCCGGUCCGUAUCCAGGUGUCCGGCCCUGCCUCCUCUGACCUCGUCGCCUCGGGCUCCCCUGUGACCUCUGACCCCAGCGCACCUCAAUCGGAGAGCUUCGUUCUGCCCGAGGCCCUGAAGCAGUACGUGGUGGUGGUUCCCAGUAAGCUCAGACUGGUCUGCCUGGCUGCUUUCAUACUGGACAAAUGCAAGUUUGCACAGGACAACAAAGUCAUCGUCUUCAUCUCGAGCUGCGAGGCGGUGGAGUUCCUCCACGGCCUCUUCACCUCCGUCCUCUCUGGACCGCCGGCCAAUCAGAGGCCUCAGCUCAGCUUCCUGCGUCUCCACGGCAACAUGAAGCAAGAGGAGCGCUCGGAUGUCUUCCAGCAGUUCUCAGUAUCUCGGUGUGGAGUUCUGCUGUGUACGGACGUCGCAGCCAGAGGUUUGGACCUUUUUCAGGUCACCUGGAUCAUCCAGUACACUCCGCCCACCACGGCAGCGGAAUACGUCCAUCGAGUCGGUAGGACUGCUCGUAUCGGAGGAAGAGGAAGCAGUCUCCUCUUCCUCGCCCCUAGUGAGGCGGCCUUUGUCAACGAGCUGGCCAAUCACAACAUCAGCCUAAUGGACCUGAAGUUGCAGAACAUCCUGUCCAUUCUGAUGCUGGAUGACACCUAUAAGGGGCGGGGCAAGUACCACAGCCAGUCCUCGUCUAAAGCCCUGGAGCAGGAGACGAGAGAGAGGGCCACGGUCCUGCAGACGGAGUUUGAGAACUUUGUCCACGCUGACCAUCAGUCGGUGCAGAGGGCAAAGGGCGCGCUGCAGUCCUUCUUGCGGGCGUACGCUGCUUACCCCUCCCACCUCAAACACAUCUUCCACAUCCAGUCCCUCCACCUGGGCCACGCC